GCGCCAGCCAAUGAGAUGUAGUCUAAACCGAACAACGCUGGAGGGGCACGUCGGAGCGUCAUUAUGUUUCUGAACUCCGAAGGGUAUCUAUCGUUGAAAAAAGAAGCUCACGGAAGAAAAUACUUGUCAAAAGUAGUGUUCGUUUGUCUAUAAUAAUACUUUCACUUUAUUUUUCGGUUUUUUUUUAAAGUAAAUGAUUGCGAAGUAUAAAAUCAACCCUUCCGGAUUCAGUAUUCGUUGUUUUAAUGUGCGUUCUUUUUAUUACCGCGUUCCCAGUGAUUAUUAAAUUUUUUUCGUGUUGAUUUUAAUAUUAUUGUUUUACCCGGUGUUUAUCGAUAUUUUCGAGGUAAUGAGCAUCGUGCAAAGAUGCUACAGAAAGUUCCGAAGUGUUUAUUUAAAAAAGUGUUGUUUUUAGUGCCGCGUUCAGUAAAUAAAUUCUCGUUUCGUUCAUAGAAAUAUUCUUCCUUCUCGGUGCUGCGUUGCUCGGGAAAUCAGUGGUAAUAACAAUUUUCAUAGUGCAAAUGGAAGUGCUUUUUUGGAGAUAUUUGUUCCUAUUGGAUAAAAUUUCACUUGUGCGUAUAAAGGAAGGAUUCACAGGAAAUAUAAACUGGAUAUUUUAAAAGAUAAAUGGAGUAAAUCAUCAAUCAUUAUUAUUAUUAUAAUAAACCUCCCUGAAGAUGAAAUGGGAAUAUUUUGGCGAAAUGGCAAUUUAGUCUUUUGGCCACCAAGCAUUUGACACAACUAUAGGUAAUUUCACUUUCUGCAUUAUCGACUCGUGAUACGAGUUACCGAAAAUAUGCUUGAAAUAGUUUGUACAUCACCACGGCGCUAGUAGUACAAGCGCGCACUGGUGAAGACGCUCGAAGUGGUGGGGACACGGGUAUAUAAGCAGGCGCCCGAGACGAGACUGGCACUUCAUGCUCAACUGUGUUACAGAAAUUCAUGUACCAGUAUCUACUGUAUUGACAUAAUGAAGAGAAAACGACAAUUGAGUUUAAAAUCAACAAAUGAAUCUCGUGAAGGACAAUCUACCAGAUUCUUCUACGGUAACUCACAGACACAAAAAUCUGACGAAAAUUUGACAUUUUCUCAAUCACCAACAACUUCAAUGACUGAGCAGGCUGAACCUCGAAAAGCAGAGAAGAAAACUUUUCGCCCGAGUGGAAUAUUCAGAUUAAAAUUUUUCAGCACCAACUAGAUCUCGCGAAGAAAUGUCUACCAGUUUAAUUGAAAAGACUGAAAAUGUGAAAUCUGGAAUUCCGGAGAAACAAUCUUUUACUUCCAGUGAAAGAUUGAGUUUAAAAUCAACAAAUGAAUCUCGUGAAGGACAUUCUACCAGAUUCUUCUACGGUAACUCACAGACACAAAAAUCUCACGAAAAUUUGACAUUUUCUUCAUCGUCAUCAACUCCAAAGACAGAAGAGUCAGAACAUCGAAAAGCAGAGAAGAAAACUUUUGUCAUGAGUGGAAGAUUUAGAUUAAAAUCACCAACCAGAUCUCGCGAAGAAGUGUGUGUCAGUUCGAUUGGAAAGACUGAAGAUCUAAAAUCUGGAAUUCCGGAGAAACAAUUUUUCUCUUGUAGUGAAAGAUUGAGUUUAAAAUCACCAACUAGGUCUCGCGAAGAAAUGUCUAUCAGUUCAAUUGGAAAGACUGAAAAGCAAAUUUUAUCUUCGAGUAAAGGACCGGAAAAAAAAAUUUCAUUUCAUAGUCAAAGAUUAAGUUUGAAAUCACCAAGUGAUUCUCCCAAAAAGCUGUCACCAUGUUCAGUUUACCGUGUACCAACAGAAACAUCAUUAUCAUCAUCGUCAUCAACUGGACUCGAUUUAAAAAUCACUUCUUCAACAGUAAAAAAAUCGAAAAAUCAAGAAGCUAAAUUUUCCCAUUCAACAUCAACUUCAAAAAGAGAAGGUGUUGACUCAUCAAUUGAAAGUGGUGCUGGCCCCUCUUCAAAACGAAAGAAAUACAGUGUCGAGAAAUCUGCAAUUGGUGUUUCUUCAAACAGAAAAAGAACGUCAAUUACUUUGGAUAAUGAAAAUAUUGAUAAACCGUUGCAUCAUAAAGUGAGAAGAAGAUUGGAAUUAAUGGGAACAGAAAAGCAUACGGUAAAAGUUUGUUUGGGAAAAUUAUGUAAAUCAGCAAACAUUAAAAAUCGAAUUGAAGAAGAUGCAAAGGUUGUUUCAUCAAUGAUGUAUGAGGCAACAACAAUGGCAUUAUUCGGCCUAUAUGAAGAAACAAAUGUUGAAAAUGUUAAAAAUUGCCCAUCAUUGUUGGAGAAAUGGACCAACAAUGGUCCCGCAUUUCUGCCAUUACUAAUAUCAUUAAAGCAGAAAGAAAAUACGAAACGUAAAGUAACUGAACAGGAUGCAAAAAUAAAUACAAUGGUCAACGAAUAUAAAGAAUUAAGGAAUGACAUUCCACUUUAUGACGGAGAAUAUAGAAGUGCAAUAAUUCAGGAGGCAGCUUUAGUGUUGAAUCGAAACUUUAAAACAAAUUUCACGACGCAUGCAGCAUCACGAUUAAGAAGAUAUUUGCAGCUAUUAAUGGAAAUUGAAGACGAAGAAAAAAAUCAUAUGGAAGAAGAUGAAAUUCAAGAAAUUUGUUCAGUUUACCGUAUCGAAAAUGAUAAUGAUGAAAAAAUAAAAAUUAGGAGUUUUAAAAAUAGCAUUAAAAAUGAACAAAGAAAAGAAUUUCAAAAAUCUCAAAAAAAAAUUCCAGAUGAAAUGCGAGAAAAAAAUACAUCAGACUAUUGCGAUGAAAGAUAUGUUCGACAGGAAAAAUAUCACAAACAUUGCGAUAAAGUCUAUUAUAAAAAAAGGCCAAGAAGGCGAAGAAAAAAAUCGAAAAAGGAAAAAGAAGAAGAAAAAGAGAAGAAUAAGGAAAAAGAGAAGAAUGAGGAAAAAGAAAAAGAGAAGAAUAAGGAAAAAAAGAAAUUUCGAAAAAGAAGGCCUUCAUUUUAUAAACAAUCUGUUGCUGCUUUAAAUCUCCUGCUGCAAGAAAAUAAAUGUCAAGUGAAAGGAUUCCCUAUUGAUUUACUACUGAAAAAGGAUGAUGAUGAUGAUGGAAGAAAAUUGGACUUUACAAAAUUGACAAAAGAUAAAGAAUGGCAUAAAUUUUUGCCAUUUUUCAUUAUGAUUCAACAAGAAUUUCAUGAUAAAAAGAAGAAGAAUUUCACAUUAAUUCCACAAAUUUCAUUAUAGGCGUGAA